AUGUCAUCAAACACAGCUGAAACUGUGAAAAUAGCCAAAGAACUGAUGGAAUUUGGAGUUUACCCUAUGGUCCUCAUGUCUCAAAUGGCUACACUUAUUAUGGACAUUAUUGAUGGAACAUAUCAAGUAAUUGAAGCUAGUGUUGACUCAUUGUUUGAUGGUAGAAGAUAUUGUAGCCUCGGAAUCCAUACGAGACACCAUAAGACGAGCAUUGUGUUUACAUUAGAAGAAGGCCCUAGGGUCUUGUUCAAUGCUUUAGCUGUGUUUGCUCUAAGGGAGAUUAACUUAUCAAAAGUAACCUUCUCAACAACAAUAUUCUACUUAAGCAUGUGAGUAAUCAAGAUUAAGGGAGACUUGUAAUCAUGUUUGGC